AAAUUUAGCUGAUUAUCUUAACAACAUGAGAGGAAAACAAACAUGUUGCAUGAUGGAAAUAAAUUACUUCCUUGAGUGGUCAUCCUUCAUGGCCAAUCAAAGAAAGCCCUGAAGUCUCAACUCUGACAACACAACCCGCAGGUUUCCUUUCAUGUUGCAUGUGUUAAAUAGGCUGACAUCAGUGGAAAAGGUUCAUUCUGAGUGGAGCUCAACAUCUGCAUUCAUUUCAGCUUAGGAUAUCAUUUCUUCAAAAAUGGCUCUCCAGAAGCUGUUUGGAAACUUUGUGCUGAUCCUUCUGCUAUCAAAUGGUUGUCAAUCACAGCAGCCUGCGUGUGGCAAAGCAGCUGCAAGCAGGUCGCGAAUCAUUGGGGGUCAGGAUGCCCAGCUAGGGGAAUGGCCCUGGCAGGUAUAUUUUGCUACAGCCGAUUCCUUCUGUGGAGGGUCGCUGAUAAGCAAUGAAUGGGUGCUAACUGCUGCUCACUGCAUAACAAGAGACGACCUCAACAACACAGAAGUCCAACUUGGUGAUGUACAACUAGAUAACUCUUCCAACUCGACUAAAGUGACUCGAAGACUCUCUAAAAUCAUCUGCCAUCCUGAGUACGACUCUUCGACUUUUGAAAAUGACAUCUGUCUCCUGAAGCUUUCGGCUCCCGUUGAAUUUACUCCCUACAUCCAGCCGAUCUGCUUGGCCUCGGAGAAGAGUACUUUCUAUGAUGGCCUUACAAGCUGGGUCACUGGUUUUGGCGUCACUGAAAUCCCGCGUGUGGGAACGGGAUCACUGCCAAAAAUUCUGCAGGAAGUGGAAGUGCCAAUAGUUGGAAACAACAGAUGCAAAUGCUACUACUCCGAAAUGUUCAUGUUGCAGCUUGAUUUCAAUCCUAACCUAAACCUAAAUAACUUCAUAUGUGCUGGAUUAAAAGAGGGAGGAAAGGACUCUUGUCGGGGAGAUUCGGGUGGACCGCUGAUGGUUCAACUCCAGAAUAGUUCUCAGUGGGUCCAGGCUGGAGUUGUGAGCUUUGGUGAGGGAUGUGCUGCCCCAAUGAAACCGGGCGUCUACGCGCGAGUGUCCCAGUACCAGAGCUGGAUCAACAGCACAGUCACUGGCAUGGAGCCGGGCUUUGUUACCUUCACCUCGCCUGGAAUCAACAGUGACCUGAACUUCAGCUGUACUACUCCUACAACCGCCUCCACCACCCCCCACACCACCACCACCGCCCACACCACCGCCCACACCACCACCACUCCCUGCAUGACCAGUGACGACAGUAUUUUUUGCAGUGGGGAAACCCUGAGCCACUUCACUCACUUCAUGGGAAUUUCUGUUCUUGCUCUGUUCCUUCAUUUCCUUGUGGGCAGGGCUUAGAAGUAAAUGUUUUACUGAGGAUUAUGCAAUGCAGAUAGGAAAAGGUUACAUUUUAUACUUCACUGCAGUAUAAAAUAUGUGCUACUAAACGCAUGUGCACGUUUUAAAAGUAAGAGUUAUUUUUCUUUUGAGCAGUCAACUAAAUUCAUUUUCAACAGUCUUGCUGUUGACAUGUAGCUAAGUAACAUGGGGGUUAAUCUGAACUCACAGGAAUAUUGUGAUAUGUAUUGGCAAUAAUGUAAUACAAAUGAUCAAAUAUUGUGAUAUUAGAAAUCAUGUGUGAACCAAGUUAAUUUUUAAAAAUUUGAUUCUGUUUUUAGUCUGUUUUAAAUUAUUCUAUAAAUUUUGGUUUUCAGACAUGUAGUUUGAAUUUGGUGUGUUUUUAUUGCAUUUAUAUCCAUGGCAGAAACAUUUUACCAUUGUUUUAUGAAGUUUGAAAUUUACUAAAAAAUUUACUUAAAACUAAUGACUGUUCCGUUUCAGCUUUGCCCUUUCAACUUUAAGGUUUAAGGAUUAAAGCCUUUUUAUGUUUAAUAUUCAGUUUUUCAGAUUUCUUGUUGUCUCCCAAAUAUGUUCAACAGAACAAUUAGAAUCAUUCGCAACUAAAAUGGUAAUUCUAUAUAAAUCUUAAUGCUCAUGAACAUAAAAAUUCCUACAAAUUGUAUAUUUGAUUUGGAUAAAUGCAUUUGUCAUUUUGCAUGUAGUAGAAAUAAUAGUGGAAUAUGUGUGGCUUUUUUUUUCUUUUAAGAGGAAGAUGUCAAUAAAAUGAUCAACCAUCAUCCAG